AUGAACAAACAAUCGUUUCUCAGAACCUGGGUGGCCCUUUUGGUGAUAACUGUGCUGCAGCGAGCUCACACCACGGCGAGUCUGUAUCCAUUCUGGCAUAAUGACACAAAAACGCCCAAAGUUGAUGAUGGAAGCUCUCCCGAGAUCAAGAUCUCCAUCCCAUUCAUCUUUUUUGGAGCUGCGUACAGAAGCAUUUAUGUCAACAACAACGGGGUGAUUUCCUUCAACACGCUCGUCAGCCAGUUCACCCCGGAAGCCUUUCCCCUGACAGACGGCCGGGCCUUCAUCGCGCCCUUCUGGGCGGACGUACACAACGGCAUCCGGGGAGAAAUCUACUACAGGGAGAGCACGGACCCCGAGCUGCUGAGAAGAGCCUCCAAAGAUGUCCACAAGCACUUCAAAGAUAUGUCCUCUUUCUCUGCCAUCUGGAUCUUCGUUGUCACCUGGGAGGAAGUCACUUUCUAUGGAGGAAGCAGCACGACCCCGGUAAACACUUUCCAAGCUGUCCUGAUCACAGACGGAGUGUCAUCUUUUGCCAUAUUUAACUACCAUGAAAUCAGCUGGACCACAGGGACAGCCAGUGGAGGGGACCCACUGACCGGUCUCGGCGGGGUGAUGGCCCAGGCUGGCUUCAAUGGUGGCAAUAUCAGCAACUUCUUUAGCAUCCCAGGCUCCAGAACCCCAGAUAUAGUCAAUAUUGAAGAAACCACCAAUGUUAAUGUCCCCGGACGCUGGGCUUUCAAAAUAGAUGGCAGAGAAAUAGAUCCAGCCAAUGGCUGCAGUCUGAGAGGACAGUUUCUUCGUCAAGGGGAGGUCUUCUGGGACAACGCCAACUGCACCACCAAGUGCCGCUGCCUGGACUUCAACAAUGAGAUCUUCUGCCAGGAGAUGGCUUGCAGCCCCUUUGAAGCGUGCGAGCCAAAGACCAAGUUCUUCCAGUGCGUGCCAGUGGAGAGCAGCACCUGCGUGGUGUUUGGAGAUCCACACUACCACACCUUCGAUGGCUUCCUCUUUCACUUCCAGGGUUCCUGCUCCUACCUCCUUGCCAGGCAGUGCUGGCCAGGCUCCCAGCUACCUUACUUCAAUGUGGAGGCCAAGAAUGAGAACCGAGGCGGCUCCUCCGUCUCCUGGCUGAGGGAUAUUUUUGUGGAGGUCUACUCGCACAAGAUCGUCCUCCCCAAGGGCAGCUUUGGGAAAGCGAAGGUGGAUGACUUGGUGGUGUCCCUGCCCAUCUCCCUGGAACUGGGCGCGAUAAAAAUCUACCAAAGCGGCUUGUCCACAGCCCUGGAGACUGACUUUGGCCUGCUGGUGACCUACGACGGACAACACUACGCCUCCAUCUCUGUUCCAGGCACAUACAUCAAUACCACGUGUGGUCUAUGUGGGAAUUACAAUAAAGACCCCGAGGAUGAUACCCUCCGCUCAGACGGGAGGUUGGCCACGUCCGUGCCAGACCUGGGCGAGAGCUGGCGAGUGCCACACCCCGAGAGGAAAUGCUCACCCGGCUGCUUGGACAACUGCAGCCUCUGCGACGCUGCUACCGAGUCUCUCUAUUUCACCUCUGAAUACUGUGGCUUCAUCAACAAGAGCGGAGGGCCGCUGUGGGAGUGCGGCACCGUCGUGGACCCCACUGCCUUCGUCCACAGCUGUGUCUAUGAUCUCUGCAGCGCACGGGAUAACGGCACUGGCCUGUGCCAAGCCAUCCAGGCGUACGCUGCGGUGUGCCAGGCCCUGGGCAUCUCUGUGGGAGAGUGGCGUGCCCAGACGGGGUGCGCGACGGCUGUGCGAUGCCCGGAGCUCAGCCACUACUCGGUGUGUGCCAGCAGCUGCCCCGCCACGUGUUCAGACCUUACUGCCCCGCUGGCCUGCAUCUCCCCGUGCACCGAGGGCUGCGAGUGCAACGAGGGCCACGUCCUCAGCACAGACCGCUGCGUCCCCGUCCAGAAGUGUGGCUGUGACGUGGACGGUCGGUAUUACGCCAUCGGGGAGUCUUUCUGGGCAACGACAGACUGCACGGUGGAAUGUCAGUGUGAGGACGGGGGAGAGGCCAGGUGCUUUAACACCACUUGCCCCGAAGGAGAGGUCUGCACCAUUGAGAACGGCUACCGGGGCUGCUACCCACAGCGGGAGAGCCUGUGUUUGGUGGGACAGAACCGUGUCCUCCAAACAUUUGAUGGUGUCGCCUUCCCCUAUCCGCUGGAGCAUUCCUACACACUGCUCAAAACCUGCACAGAGAGACCAGACUUCAUCGAGGUGGACAUCAGCCAAAAGAAGCCCGGAUCCGCUCCCAACGGGCCACGGGUCGUGCGGAUCCAGGCGGUCAGCCAAGAGGUGAAGAUUGGAGGCACCAGCCUGUCUGAGAUCAAGGUGAACGGUUAUGAUGUGGAGCUGCCCUUUUUCCACCCUUCCGGCCGUCUGGAAAUCUACCGUAGCGACAACGGUACCGUGAUGGAGUCGGAGGGGCUCCUGGCUAUCGGCUACUACGACUCGGGCCUCCUGGAGAUCCGCCUCUCCACCUCCUACUUCAACUGCACCGGGGGCCUGUGCGGCUUCUUCAACGGCAACGCCAGCGACGAGUUCUGCCUGCCCAAAGGCAAGUGCACAGAUAACCUGGAGCUCUUCCUGGAGAGCUGGACCACGUUCGACGAGAUCUGCAAUGGGGAGUGCGGGGACCUCCUCAAGGCUUGUAACAAUGACUCGGAACUGCUCAAGUCCUACAGGAGCCGCUCCAACUGCGGUAUCAUCAACGACCCCACCAACAGCUCCUUCCUGGAGUGCCACGGAGUGGUCAACGUCUCUGCCUACUACAGGACGUGCCUCUUCCGCCUGUGCCAGAGCGGGGGCAACCUGUCGGAGCUGUGCGACUCGGUGGCGCGCUACGCCAGCGCCUGCAAGAACGCCGAGGUGGACGUCGGCCAGUGGAGGAGCCACAGUUUUUGCCCUCUCGCCUGCCCAGAGAACAGCCAUUUCGAGGAGUGCAUGAGCUGCACGGAGACCUGCGAGAACCUGGCCACGGGCCCCGUCUGCGCAGACACCUGCGUGGAGGGCUGCCAGUGCGACGAGGGCUUCGCCCUCCGCGGCACCCGCUGCGUUCCCCGCGGCGAGUGUGGCUGCAACUUCGAGGGACGCCAGCUGGCCACCAACCAGACCUUUUGGAUGGACAUCGCCUGCCACUUCCUCUGCUACUGCAACGGCUCUGACAACAGCGUGUACUGCGACAACAUCUCCUGCAAGGAUGACGAGUACUGCCUGGAGGAAAACGGCCUCUACUACUGCCACGUCCGCACCGAUGCCUCCUGCAUUAUCUCCGGCUACGGGCACUACCUGACUUUUGACGGCUACUCUUUCGACUUCCAGAGCAGCUGUGCAUUGGUCCUGUGCACCACGAUCGCCCGGCCGAGGGCAGAGCGCUCGGACACCUUCCCAGCGUUCACCGUCACGGCCAAGAACGAGGACCGGGACACCUCUCUGGCCCUGUGGGUGAAACAAGUCGAAGUGGAGGUCUUCAAUUACAAAAUUGUCAUCCAGCGGGCCUACAAAUAUACCGUGCUGAUCAACGACGAGCGCCUCUACUUGCCCCUGAAGCUGGGUCAGGGCAAAGUGAACAUCUUUGCCUUUGGCUUUCACAUUGUGGUCGAGACCGACUUUGGGCUGAAGGUGGUAUACGACUGGAAGACCUUCCUCUCUGUCACCAUCCCACGCAGCUUCCAGAACCUCACCUACGGCCUCUGCGGCCGCUACAACGGCAACCCCGAGGACGACCUAGCGGCCUCGGACGGCACGCUGACCACCAGCAUCAUCGACUUUGUCCAGAGCUGGGCGAAACGGGACGCGUUCUGCCGCGUCGGCUGCGGCGACCGCUGCCCCGCCUGCGGGAAAGUGGAAGGCUUCUGGAAACCCCAGCAGCUCUGCCGUCUCAUUCCGAGCCAAAGCGGCGUCUUCUCCAAGUGCCACAGCAAAAUCAAUCCAGGCUUCUUCUACAAGAACUGCCUCUUUGAUACCUGUGUUGACGGGGGAGCCAUGCAAACAGCCUGCAGCUGGCUGCAGAAUUACGCCAGCACGUGCCAAACGCAGGGCAUCGCCAUUAUCGGCUGGAGGAACUUCACCUCGUGCUCCGUCAGCUGUCCACCCAACAGCCACUACGAGAGCUGCGUGUCCCUGUGCCAGCCCCGAUGCGCCGCCAUCCGGCUGAAGAGCGACUGCGGCCACUAUUGCGUGGAGGGAUGCCAGUGCGACCCCGGGUAUGUCCUCAAUGGCAAGAGCUGCAUCCUUCCCCACAACUGCGGCUGCUACUCUGAUGGCAAAUACUACGAGCCCAAGCAGCUCUUCUGGAACGGGGACUGCACCCGCCGAUGCCGCUGCUUCCGGCGUAACCUCAUCCAGUGCGACCCGCGGCACUGCAAGUCAGACGAGGAGUGCGCCCUGCGCAACGGCGUCCGUGGCUGCUUCAGCACCAGGAGCUCCUUCUGCUUUUUUUUCUUCCGCACCUUCGAUGGGGCCUUUCUCCGCUUCCCCGCCAACUGCGCCUUCGUGCUCUCCACCAUCUGCCAGAAGCUGCCCGACUUCUCCUUCCAGCUCAUCAUCAACUUUGACAAGUGGUCCUCACCCAACCUCACCGUCAUCUCUCCUGUGUACUUCUACAUCAAUGAGGAGCAGAUCCUCAUCAGCGACAGGAAUACUGUCAAGGUGAACGGCAGCUACGUGAGCAUCCCCUUUGUCACGGGGCUUUCUACAAAGAUCUUCAGCCAGGAGGGCUUU